AUGACUUGGCAAAGGAUAAUACGCUUCGUGGGCCAGGAUGGCCAGGAGCACUUUGGCGAACCCAUCAUCGAAUCUGCCGGGGAGCUGGCGGCCAAGCUAGAAGCCGGCACUCUUACAGCAAAUGAGCUCACAGGAUCUGACCUUUUUGAAGCAGCCCCAACUGGUCAAGUACUUCAAGUCAAAACCCUUCUCGGGCCCUUGAGGUCAUCAGACGUGCCGAUUGUGCGCUGCAUAGGCCUGAAUUAUAUCAAACACAUCCAGGAAGGCGGCCGCCAGCCUCCUCCUUACCCCUCAGUCUUCAUCAAGCCCUCGGAAACCAUAACAUGCCACGAUUCGGAUAUCCCCAUCCCAAAGGUCGUGCACGAAACCGCAGACCAGCUCGACUACGAAGCCGAGCUGUGCAUCGUGAUCGGCAAGGCCGGCAAGGACAUCCCGGCGUCCUCGGCCCUGGACCACAUCGCCGGCUACACGGCGGGCAACGACGUGUCGGCGCGGGCGUGGCAGCGCGACCCGGGACUGGCGGGCGGCGUGCCGCAGUGGUGCUUCUCCAAGGGGUUCGACCGCUGGUGUCCGGUCGGGCCCGUCAUCGUGUCGCCCAAGGUCCUGGGUGACGCUCGCGGCUUGCCCAUCCGGACCUGGGUCAACGGCCAGCUGAGGCAGGAUUCCGACACGGGCGACCUGCUCUUUGGAGUGCCCGAGAUUGUCGCCUUCGUCAGCCAGGGGACCACGCUGCCCAAGGGCACCGUGAUCAUGACGGGGACGCCGGCGGGGGUUGCCAUGGGCAUGAAGCCGGAGCCCAAGUGGCUCAAGAACGGAGAUGUGGUCGAGGUCGAGAUUGGUGAGAUUGGCAGGCUGCGGAACAAGAUGGUGUACGAGGGGGAUUAG